AUGGACAAGUCCUUCCCUGCGUCAUCCUUUGGCUGUCGGGCCACGUUCUCCUUUCCUCUCAACCCUUCUCCCAACCAUAUAAGGCAAGGCAGCUGCUGGGGACGUCCCUAGGAUCUAAAGAUAGGACCUGCCUGGGAUUCCAAACGCCACCCAGCAGCGGGCGCCGCCAUGGCACGGCAGCACGCGCGGACCCUGUGGUACGACAGGCCCAAGUAUGUGUUCAUGGAGUUUUGCGUUGAGGACAGCACUGAUGUCCAUGUGCUCAUUGAGGACCACCGCAUCGUGUUCAGCUGUAAGAACGCCGAGGGAGUGGAGUUGUACAAUGAGAUUGAGUUCUAUGCCAAGGUGAACUCCAAGGACUCCCAGGAUAAGCGCUCUUGCCGCUCCAUUACUUGCUUUGUGAGGAAAUGGAAGGAGAAGGUGGCCUGGCCCCGGCUCACCAAGGAGGAUAUCAAGCCAGUGUGGCUGUCUGUGGACUUUGAUAACUGGAGAGACUGGGAAGGGGAUGAAGAGGUGGAGCUGGCUCACGUGGAGCAUUACGCAGAGCUUUUGAAGAAGGUCAGCACCAAGAGACCACCCCCUGCCAUGGACGACCUGGAUGAUGAUUCUGACAGUGCUGAUGCAACAAGUAAUUAAUUUCUGUGACAACAGGGCUGGGGAGGA